CCCGAACGCCGGUCCAGUGACGUCACCUCGCCGUGACGCGCACGCUGUAGGAAAACUGAUUAAUUAAAAGGACUUACUCUACAGCUCAUAAAUCUUACUGGAGUCCUCGGAGCAGAUAAUUAUAUAGCUGGACUAUGAAGAUGUAAAGAAUGAAGUGGAAUUUAGCACCACCUCUCCAGGAAAGUUUCUAUUCAAGUCAAAUACAACAAAAUGCAGAAUUCUUUAUCAGUACCAUCAAAAGAUCAAGGAGAUGUUCCUGUGCUCACCAGUCCUGUUGAAAAACACCUGAAUCAGAAAAUGUUAGAAUCUCCUGGAAAGACAUUCUGCACAGGUGAACCAAACACCCCUUCUGGAACAAAUCUGAGUGGGAAAGGUUUGCAGAGUAAGAGUCACUUUAGGACUAUUGCACCAAAAAUUAUGCCCAAAGUUCCAACACCCAGAGUACUGUCCUGCCAUUCACCAUCAUUCUGCGAUCAGGGGAACCCAGGACCCUCCAUCAACUCCACAUCCUUAGGGAUGCCCACCCAGAAUUAUGCUCUGAUGCAAGUGGCUGGCCAGGAGGGGACUUUUUCUCUUGUUGCUUUGCCACACGUUGCCUCAGCUCAGCCAUUCAAGAAACCCAUAAUGCCCUUGCCUGAAAACCUUAAACUGCCGAUUCCUCGAUACCAGCGCCCACAACACAACAAAGGAUCAAGAAAGAAACCCAUUCUUAACUCCCCUGAGAGUGGCUGCAGCAAACCCCCUUCCCAAACCCAGAUAUCCCCCUUCCCACCUGAUCACCCAGAACCUCCACAUAAACCAGGCCAAUCUGAGCGAUUGCCAUCUCUAAACCACACCCCAGCCAGUGUGGGCACUACUGUGCUGACCGACAGAGGUGGCCACGGACAUUCUUUACCACCAUUGACGCAAGGCCGGAGAGUGCUAAACUCUUCUGCCAGCCCAACAUUGUCCAUACCAGGGGAACCUUCUGCCAAGCAGGGCUUCACAAAGCUUUCUGGAAAAGCAAACUCUGCAAGCAAAAAGAUAUCCAAUAAACCUUCUUCUGUUGCCAAUGAAAAUUGUAAAGAAUGCACUGACCUUGGAAAAGUUGUGACCAACUUGUCCCCAGCUGUUUUAGGUGGUGGAAUUCAGUUGAUACCCAAAGGUAAACUGCCUAUCUUGCCCUGCCCAAAAGUGAAAACAAAAGAGGUUUGCAAAAGUGAAUCAGAUGUUAACAUUGCAGAUUUUUCUUUAUCUGGACUCCAGGCAGACUGUGACAAGACAUCCUCUAUCACAGAAGCCACCACAGUGGCUGGCAAGAUAGCUGUGUCCAAGCAGAGUCCCUGUGAAAGUCCCUUUUGUCCAGUCACCAAACUAGAUCUCAGCCACAAAACGAAACUCAGCAGGGGGACAGCAAAGAGAAGAGGAAGAAAACGAAAGAUACCAGAUGAAAUUUUAGCAUUUCAGGGGAAAAGGAGAAAAUAUAUCAUUAAUAAGGGUAGAGAAAAUGAUAGGCUGAAAAAUAAUCUCCAAGAGUCCAGAGACCCAAAACCCGGGGCUGUAAAAAAAUACCGCAGCAUUAUGCCUAAACCUGUACUUGUCAUGCCCACUCUGGCUUCUCCUGUACCUACAUUGCAAUUCCAAACACCGGAGAGCAUAGGACAAGGCCUUUUGUUGAGCAGCUUAUUCACUCCUAAAAAUCUUGACUGUAAACAGGAUGGCAGUCCUUCCCCUAAAUCCACCUGUGCAUUCAGAAAUGGAUUCUCUGGCGUUAAGAAGCCUUGGCACAGAUGCCACUUCUGUAACCACGUCUUCCAAUUCAAACAGCACCUUCGAGACCACAUGAAUACACACACUAACAGACGGCCUUACAGUUGUAGGAUUUGUCGCAAAGCGUAUGUACAUUCUGGCAGCCUGAGCACACACAUGAAACUCCAUCACAGUGAGAGCCGUCUAAAGAAACUCAUAUGCUGUGAAUUCUGCGCAAAAGUGUUUGGUCAUGUCAGAGUCUAUUUCGGCCACCUAAAAGAAGUGCACAGGGUUAUCAUCAGCACUGAGCCUUCCCCAAGUGAACUGCAUGUAGGGGACAUGCCAAGGACCAGAGACUUGAAUACCAGAGGGAUGGAAGGGUCCAUGGAGAGGGAAAACAAGUCAUGCCUGGAAGAAGACCUCCUCUUAAACCAGGCAGGUGAAGUCAAAUUACAAAUCAAAUGUGGUCGCUGUCAAAUCACUGCUCAGUCUUUUGCUGAAAUAAAGUUUCAUUUACUCUAUGUUCAUGGAGAGGAAAGUCAGGGCAGACUACAAGAAAGGCUCUUACCAGGAAGCAGAGGCGCUCCUGAAGACCUGGCUAGCCAGACUGCUGCUCCCUGGAAACAGUGUCCUGAGAGAAUAAAGCAGGAAAAGCAGUGCCCCUCUGAUGAGGAAUUACACACACUUCCUAAGUCGAAAGGGCACCUGCACCUUCAUCACCAGAAUGAUAUGGAAACACUCAUGAAAGAUGACGGCGCCCCAGCAGAACCAAGUGAGCCCCGAAAAGACCCGCAGGCCCCCGAGUGCCCCAGCCCGCACACCGGCGCCCCGCAGUCCCAGUCCGGCUUUCACUGCAUCCUUUGUGCACGGACUCUGAGAAAGAAAGAAGAACUCCUGGUGCACUGGGAACAGCGCCACAAAUGUGAGGACCCUCCCAGACUUUGGACAAUCUUAAAUGCGCUCUCUGCCCAGAGAGUGGUUGAGCUCGCCAGUGGAUUUGAAAAAUGAAGCAUGGGGGCCAACGGACUUUGCUGCUGCCUUUUCUCUCAAAACCUUGUGGUUUUGGUGGUGCUCCAUUAUAAAAAUCUCGCUAGAUAAGGACUCGUGAGCAGAAAUGAUUUUUGUACAUAGUUUUAUUUUUUUAAGAAAUAUAUAUGUCCUUGAUGCAUAUUUUUCUAACCAUAUGCAGA